ACGCUUGUCUAUACUAGGUUCACCAUUUGGAGCUCAGCGGUACAUCUGUGCAAGAUAACGACCAAACAUACGCAUUUUUACACACCCAUUUCCUUCAUUGGCUUGAAGCUCUAUGCCUUACGGGCAAUGUACAUAAAAGCUUCGGUAUGAUACAGAUCUUGCGCAGAUGCUGCCAGCCCGGCAUAUACAUCGACAACUUUCUCUCGGACUCUGAUCGAUUCAUCAGGAAUUGUAGCCAUGUUAUAGAACAACACCCAUUACGACUCUACUGCUCCGCUAUCGCUUUUGCUCCACAUGAGAGCGUGAUUCGACGUGGAUUUCGGAAGGAGAUGUCGGCUUGGAUUGUCAAACCUCCAGCUGUGGCAGACGCUUGGAGUGCUUGCACACAGACACUCGAAGGUCAUGAAGAUAGGGUCCAUUUGGUCGUCAUAGCGCCAGAUGGCUGUUGGCUUGCAUCAGCAUCAUUCGACAAAACUGUUAAGAUCUGGAGUGUGGCGAUGGGAAUCUGCAUACAGACCCUUGAAGGUCAUAGCAACCGAGUCAUUUCGCUCGCCAAAUCUCCCAAUGGACGCUGGCUCAUAUCAGGAUCGGAAGAUAGAACUAUCAAGAUCUGGGAUGUUGCGAUAGGAGCGUGCGAACAGACAUUCGAAGAAGCCCAUGAACGUCGGGUCCAAUCUAUUGUCAUAUCUCUUGAUGGCGACUGGUUUGCAUCAACAUCGUCUGUAUAGGGACGAUUGGAGGUUUCAAUGAUGAGAGCACUCAACUCGUCAUAUCGCCUGAUGGUCGACGGCUUAUAUCAGCAUCACGUUACGUAAAUACUAUUAAGGUCUGGGACGCGACGACGGGAACUUGUUAAAAGACUAUAAAAAACUGCGAUGGGGUCAAGAACUUUGCCAUAACUCAGU